AUGUACAAAUUAUUAUCUGUGAUUGAAUUUCUUUUUUGCAAAUAAAUACAGAUGCCAAACCAUAAUGACCAAAUUGAAUGUCUAACAUCAUCAUCAUCAUCAUCAUUAAUGUCAGAUAUUCAUAAAAAUAAGAAUUCCACUAUUAAUCAUAAAAAUAGAAUAAAGAAUACAAAUGGCCUAAAACGAGGUAAUUCUGGUGACAGUUCGAUAAUUACUAACGAUAAUAAUGGACGUAGUAAGAUACCUGUUUAUAAUGGUAAUAAUCAUUCAGAUAUGGCCACCAAUAGCCGAAACUGUACAAAUGUAUUGGCAAUAAAUAAUCUAUUCGGAUGGAAUAUUGGUUACCAUCAUCAUCAUCAUCAUUAUCAACAUCAUCAACAGUCACAAAGGUUGAUUACAAACCUAAAUAAUCUAAGAAUAAUGGAUUUACCUGAACAUGUAAGAAUUCAUCAAAAUCUACAUAAUCGUCUUAAUCAUCCACAACGUCAUUAUUGUCAACAACAACAACAACAAGCUGUACGAUAUUGUCAACAUAAAUACAGACCAAAAGAAUUUGUUAGAUCAUUGCCAUCGACGCCCGGAUCUUCAACACCUAAAGUAACUCCUGAAGACGAAAGUACAAAUUCAAUCAUGUCAUCUUCGACAACAACGGCUGCAACAACAUCUACUAUGAUGACAAAUACAUCAAAAAAUAGUUCUCGAAAAAAACGUAUGACCAACUUUGAGGAAUAUCUACCACUAUGUGAAAUGCAAAAAGGUUUACAAAAAGGGGAAAUCGUUGAGGGAAUAUUGCGGAUCAAUCAAAGAAAUUAUAACGAUGCCUAUAUCAGUGCUCCGGACGAGGGCCUAGACAUCUACAUUAAAGGCUUGAUCUAUCGAAACAAAGCAUUAAAUGGCGAUUUGGUUGCUGUGAAGUUCCUGAAUGAAACCGAAUGGAAGAUUUCCUAUACAGCAAUCAACGCGAAUUGGGAAGAAUGGAAAGAUGAUUUUACACGACUUAUUGAGGCAAAUGAUGAUGAAAUCGAUCUCAAUAAAUUAAAACUCAAUUCAAAAGAUAUGGGUUUAAUUAGCAUGGGUUCGAAAUCCACAUCAUCACCAGUAACAAUCGAAACAUCAAAACAGCUAUUGAUGGAUGAAUUCGAAAAUCUUCCGUUACAAAUUUUCACGUUAAAAAUUUCCGAUUUAAAAAAACAGAUACCAUAUUGGUCACGAUUUAUUCAACGUACAGCAAAAGUGGUUGGAAUUGUAAAGCAAAAUCAUCCAAGAAUGUUUGCUGGAUCAUUGAAAUUUGAGGAAAACAACGAAAACAAUAAAAACGCAAAUCAAAAGAAAAAGAUGGAAAAUGACAACAAAUACGUAAAAUUCACAUCAUGUGAUAUACGAAAUCCUCAAAUAAUAAUACCAAUGCAAACAUUACCUGAAAUCAUACAAAAAGACUAUUGGAAAUAUAAAAAUCAUUUAUUUUUGGCUGAAAUUACUGAUUGGAAAUCAGAUAGUCUCUAUCCAUUAGGCAAAAUCAUUAAAAAUUUUGGUGAAAUGGGUGACGUUGAUGUUGAAACAGAAAUCAUGCUCAUAUCCUUGAGUAUCAACAAAGAUGAUUUUCCAGAGGAAGCAUUAGCAGAAUAUCAGGAUAAAUUUCCUGAUAAAGAUUGGUUAAUCCCUGAAGGAGAAAUCAAUCAACGGAAAGAUCUUCGCAAAGAGUGCAUAUUCACUAUUGAUCCUGAAACGGCUCGUGAUCUUGAUGAUGCUAUUUCUUAUCGACAAUUGUCCGAUGAUCGAUUUGAGAUUGGCAUUCACAUUGCUGAUGUAUCAUAUUUUAUCAAAGAGAAUACAUUGUUAGAUCGUAUCGCUAGUGAUCGAGCAACUUCGGUUUAUCUCGUUUCCAAAGUGAUACCAAUGUUGCCACACAUAUUUUGUCAAGAUUUAUGUUCAUUAAAUCCUGGUCAUGAUAAACUUACAUUUUCGGCUAUCAUCACUGUGAAUGGAGAUGGAGAGGUUGUCGAUCGAUGGUUUGGUCGUACAGUUAUUAAUUCAUGUUGUAAGCUGACUUAUGAAUUCGCUCAAAAACUUAUUGAAUGUGAUGAUGAUAGCCAAUUAGACCAGUCUAUUUUUCCUCACAUUCAUGAUGAAUGGUCUUUAUCCGAUAUCUGGCAACGUGUUCGUCGUUUACAAACUAUAGCCAAAACGCUUCGAAAAAAACGUCAAGAGAACGGUUCCAUUCGAUUGGAUAAAACUAAAGUCACCUUUUUGCUAAAUGAAGAAGGUAUGCCAUUGGCAUUGUCCAAAUAUCAGCUUCGCGAAUCUAAUUGGCUUAUCGAAGAAUUGAUGCUUAUAGCCAACAAAUGUGUGGCUGAAUUUCUUUAUGACAAAUUUGCUCCUGAAGGUAGAGCUUUUUUGCGCUGGCAUCCACCAUUGGAUAAAUUUUUACUCCGUGAAUUCUUGAAAUCAAUCAAAGGUAUUUGUCCCAUUGAGUUCAAAAGUGAAUGUUCACGAUCAAUGGUCGAAUCAUUGGAAAAAUUGGCCGCAAUCGAUAGUAAUUUUUGCCGAAUGUCAACAAUGUUCCUAAUAAAAGCCAUGAAACUGGCCAUGUAUAUCUGUGUAAGCGAUCAGGACAAUCCAUUGUCAUAUCGUCAUUUUGCCUUGAAUUUUUCCAAAUAUACACAUUUCACAUCACCGAUACGUCGAUAUGCCGAUAUUAUGGUUCAUCGUUUACUAUCCAUGGCUCUUGGAUACGAAUCAAGUAUUUGUUCAAAAACGAAUGAAGAAUUGAAAAAAAUAGCGGAGAAUUGUAAUACAAAAAAGUAUAAUGCCAUGUUAGCUUCAGAGAAAAGUACGGAAAUCUACCUUAAGGCAUACAUAUCAAAAAUUGGAUCACUUACAUCAAAAGCAAUCGUUUUUCAAGUUUAUGAUCAUUCAUUUGAUGUUUUAACCCUUACAUUUGAUACAAUCAAUCGUAUUUAUUUGGAUCAACUAUAUAUUGAUGAUUAUGAAUUUAUUCGUGACAAUAGUAAACGUGAAUUAAAAUUGAAAUGGAAAUCAGUCGAAACACAAUCGACGCCUGAUACUGAUUCUGAAAACUUGACAGACAGCAGCUCAAAUCUAAUACAGACUAUUGAAAGUUUUAUCGUACUUGAUAUAGAAAUGGUUGUAACAGACAAAUUUGAAUUGAAGGUAAAAUUAUUUGUUAAAUUUGAUUUAAUAAUGACGAAUCUUCGGCCCUUUAAAUUAGACGAUUUAUUUCGAAUUAAUAAUGUAAACUUAGAUCCAUUCACUGAAACCUAUGGCCUAUCAUUUUAUCUACAAUAUUUAACUCAUUGGCCCGAAUAUUUUCAUAUAGCGGAAUCACCCAAUGGUGAAAUCAUGGGAUACAUUAUGGGCAAAAUUGAAGGCACCGGUAAUAAUUGGCAUGGACAUGUGACCGCUUUAACUGUUGCACCGCAAUAUCGUCGAUUGAAUCUAGCCGCUAAGCUUAUGUAUUGUCUAGAGUUGACGUCUGAAAGAAAAAAUGCCUAUUUUGUUGAUCUGUUUGUUAGAAUUUCGAAUAAGGUUGCUAUCGAUAUGUAUAAAAAACUUGGCUAUAGCGUAUAUCGUCAGGUAUUGGAAUAUUACACCGGAGAUCCAGAUGAAGAUGCUUAUGACAUGAGAAAAGCUUUAUCUCGUGAUAAGCUUAAACAAUCGAUAAUCCCAUUACCUCAUCCUGUGCGCAUCGAAGAUUUAGAAUAAAUUAUCCAUAAUUUAUGGAUCUGGUCUUUUUAAUUAAA